AUGGCACCGUGCUUCGACUACGCUCGUGGUGCCUGUCGCUUCGGCGAUAGGUGCCAGUACUCACAUGGCAAGGGCCAGCCUGCCAAAGCUGAUUCGUACCCAUCAAAGCCAGAGCCGUGUCACUCGUACUUUGAGCGCGGUGUCUGCGAUUUGGGCACUCGGUGCACGCUGUCCCAUGCCGCUAAGGACUCCCCGAAGGCCAAAACUAUGGACACACGGAACAUCUUACACCAGCGCGCUCGCAAAGACGUGUCCCAGGUCGAUAUUGCCAGCCUCAUCAUCGACGACGAUUUUCCCUCCUUGCAGGCGGUGGCCUCCCUCCAUUCUGAUGCACUCAUCUUCCCUCUGGAGGCGCGCGCCUCGCAGAAUGCACUGCGGAUGAUCCGAGGCAUGUCGUUCUCCGACAAAGCCGGCGGCAGCGUCAGUGAGGCGGAGGCGCUCAUUUACGUGUUGGCACAGAGCAACGCGUUCAACAACGGCUGGACAUUCGAGGAUCGCCAGGCCCUGCUCACUGAUGUGACCAAGAUGCCGGGUAAUGUUGCCGUACGCCUUGCCAAGGCGCUGGCCUUUGCCAACGUCGCCAACGACGCUGCGUUGGUCACUCACAUGUCCUUUUCUCGCGUGUAUAUGCCGCUCAUCGGGUAUUUCACAUCAGAGGCUGUGCUCAAGACUGCUGCCCUCUCUCGCACCAAUGCAUUGUUCGGCAUCCUCGACAACAAUCUAGAACAGGUUCUUCUGACUCUCAGGACGAACAUCACCUCCUGUAUUGCGGGCGGAAAUUUCGGCGACAAAGCCCGUCGUAUGUAUGGCCAGCGUAACCCCAAUGGGCUCGUCAUGAUCGUUUCUGGCAUCCAGAUCUUCAAGCCCGUGAUCGUGAUGCUCAACGAGUACGUCAUUCGCUUCCGUCAUGCGCCUACGCACCAUCCCGACCUUGUCACUUUCGCGUCCGACCUCAAGACACUCUUCGAAGAGUGGGCGGACAAGGUUGUGCGGGGAACCUUUGGCGACCACCUGGCCAAUCGUCCAGCUGCUUCUCUCAACGCGAUCAUCGCCUGCGUUCGCAAGGACCUCGAUGAGCUCUCGCAGCGUGUCACGAGCACCCUCCCAAUUGUACAAGAGCCCCAGUAUCUCAAGCGCUCAGGUCUUUCAGUCGGACUGCUUAGCGCCAUCGAUCGCGAAUACGAUGGCCCCGGAGAGCUCUCGGAAGACGGCCCACGCCAUUCUAACGAUUGUGUUGACAUCCGUGAUAUCCGCAUUCCCCCCACGGGCGAUGAGGUAAUGGCAGCGCGCCCCGUUUAUAUGCCCAUCAACUUGCCUGGCGCGAGGCACCACCUCCCGGACGAUUCUAUGGCCAAGCUUCUGGAUAUCCAAUUCCGGCUCCUUCGCGCCGACUCCCUGAGCGGACUACAGCAAGGUAUCCAAGCGGUGUCUGAGGACCUUCAGUCGAAAGACUUCAACGAAACAGAGCUUGCCCGGCGACUCCGCGAGCGCGGGGGAUGGUAUAUCAACCACUCGAUCGAUAGGGACUCAGUACGCUUACCCAUUCUCACCGACUUGAAGAUCAUGGACAUUUCGCUUGACCGUCACCAAGGACUGGUUAUUCAAAUGACGGCCGACGCCCCUCCGGGGCGUGCGCGAGAGGGAACGGCUAAGUCUCGGGCUGAAUUCUGGGGGACGGGCAAGCGAAUGCCGCGGGGUGGCCUUGUUGCUGUCCUAACAAAAAAUAAGGGCAACGCAGGUACACACGAAUUGGAGGUGGCCAUUGCCACACUGACGAUGAACCCUCAAGACUUCCGCACCGUCAAAGAUUCUGCGACUAACCGUUUCAGCUUCGGCCUCCAUUUCAUUGAUGACGUGAUCGGCAUGGAGGCGGUUCGCAUCUUCCAGCAAGGAGAGCGCCGUCAAUUCGAGACACGCUUCUUGCUGGAAAGUCCUGUUUUGUACGAAUCAGUGCGGCCAUUCCUCCAAACGCUUCAGCAACUGGACUCCCUCCGCGUCCCGCUCCAGAAGUAUCUGGUGUUCGGUCACCCAGAUGGCAAGAACAUUAGCAUGCCACAAUACAUGCUCGAUAACCCUGAACGGGUCUGGGACCUAUCGUGUCUUCUCAAGGACGCCAGUGGGGUUGUAACGUGCCAGUUCACCCCGCACAACGAGCUCUCGAUCGCCAAUGCGCGUGAAACUAUGCGUACGUUUUGCUGUUAUUGUUUGUUUAUGAACAGUCAAAGCGAUGCUGUCAUUGCGUCCCUGUGCCGUGAAAUCGCUCUGAUCCAAGGCCCACCAGGUACAGGCAAAACGUUCACCGGUGUGGAGCUCCUACGUGUGCUCUUCGCCAACAAGGCAGGGCCCGUUCUACUUCUUGCUUUCACGAACCACGCCCUGGACCACAUUAUUCGCGCGAUUCACGACGCAGACGUCACCAAGGAUAUUGAACUUGCCGAUGCGCUGGAGAACUUGACGGCCACGCAUACAUCUUCAAUCCGGCUGGCACGGUACCUGAGCAUCCAUUACCCCGCUCUCAUGGAGUCGCUUAAUCAUCCUCCUCCGUGGGUUGACAAUUGGCUGGCCUUGGAGACCUCCGGUAAUUGGGGGCGUGUCAAGCCCGCCAAAGCCAAGCGCCAGACCAUCUCCUCCAACCCGGAGUGGGAGUUCUGGAAAGAAGGCGCCGACAUUAUAAACCUCAAAGGCCUGCACGGUCAGCCGGCGGUGUGCGAACCUGCGCUAGAGCAAACAGCGGUUGUCAGCCGUGUCCACCUUCUUUCACCCCAGUCGACGGCAGAACUGAAACGUGAUGCUGAGGACCGCGAGGCACUCGCCCUCUUGGGGCUCGAAUUCCUGAUGGAUGGCGUCUCCGACAACAGCGAGGACGAACUCCAGGUCGGCCAGAGUGAAGCCUCUGACACCGAGACCGACUCUGAAAGCGAAACCGGCAGCGUCAUCAAACGAAGCCGGCCUACGGCCCAGGAGGCUGCAAAGUAUCGGCAUUUGUUCCUUAAGUAUUUCGACCUGAAAGAGCUUCCAUCGAUUCCCACAACGAAGCGGUCGAUCGAUGAACUGCUUCUGGCGCUCGACAUUGGUGACAGCGCGUGGAACUUUUCACUGUUCGAACGCCGUCAACUCGUCCGUGAGCUUGGAAGUGAGGCAAAGGCGUCGUUGGAUGAGAACUCGUGGCUGUCAUUUCAGCAGCUCGCGCGCCGCCACAAGGAGGCACGGAACAAGUUGGCCGAGGCAUCAGACAAUGUUCGUGUGUCGCUAUUAGAGAGGAUCGAGCUAGUCGGAGCCACCACCAAUGGUGCCGCAAAGCUUGGUGCUGUCAUGAAAGCAAGUGAAUGUGGCUUCGCGCCCAAAGUUCUUGUUAUCGAAGAGGCCGGGCAAGUUUUGGAAGCCCAUGUACUUGCUGCCUUGUUUCCGAGCAUUCAACAUGUCAUCGCGAUCGGCGAUCCCCUUCAGCUCCGCCCGAGUGUGAAUGUCUAUGGACUAUCCAUGGACAGCCCGCGCGGCCGGAGCCUGUUCCGCUUCGACAUGAGCCUUAUGGAGCGCUUGGAGACCGGUGGCCUGCCUAUGAGCCAGUUACGUGUGCAGCGUCGCAUGAACCCUGCCAUCUCCUCGCUCUUGCGGAACACUCUAUAUCCCAAUCUGAUUGAUCACGACCUCGUGCUGAGCUACCCCCACGUGGCUGGCAUGGCGAAGAGUUUGUUCUUCAUGCACCAUACGCACGGAGAGAAGGCCGGCGGGGACAGCGGGAGUUCGAAAAGCAACCCUUUUGAGGCGGCCAUGGCUUGUGACCUCGCUCUUUACCUGCUCAAGCAGGGUUGCUACUCGCGGGAGGGCGACAUUGUCAUUCUCUGCGCAUAUCUGGGUCAAGUGAUCGAGGUCCGAGAGCGGCUGAAGGGCAAAGUCACGGUCAUUAUUGAUGAGCGCGACCGGGAGAAACUCGUCAAGACCUUAGGUGACGAUGGGGAGGACGGCUCCACUCUGGCACUCCCCACAGGGACGGUGGCCAAGCAAGUUGAGACUACUAAGCAAAUCCUCCUUCGCACCGUGGACAACUUCCAAGGCGAAGAGGCCGCUGUUGUUAUCUUAUCCCUCGUCCGCAAUGGCGGCAGCGACGGGAGCACCGGCUCGAGCAUGGCCUCGACUAUCGGCUUCUUGCGUUCUCGCAAUCGCACAAAUGUUGCCCUUUCCCGUGCCAAGCACGGCAUGUACAUUUUCGGCAACGCCGACCAGCUUGCGUGCAGUAACGACAUGUGGCGUACAAUCAUCAACGAGUUAGGAGAUAGCGAAGCUAUCGGGACUGGAAUUCCUAUCGCUUGCAAGCGCCACGGGGACGUGAAGUUCAUUAAUGAGCCCGGCGUGCUUGGUAUGAUGUCUCCGGAUGGCGGUUGCAUGCGUCCUUGCGAAUCAAAGCUGACAAAUUGUGGGCACCGGUGCACUCGUAAGUGCCACCCUGAUGACCUGGAGCACAAGCAUGCCCGCUGCGUGGCUCAAUGUGCCCGCCUGCACGAAGCCUGCGGUCACCCAUGUACUCGCCUCUGUGCUGAAAACUGCGGCAAGUGCCUCGUCUCCAUCGAAGGCGUCACUCUGCCGUGUGGUCACAGUGCCAACAUCUUCUGUUGGCAAUCGCAGAAUCUUCAGGCAAUUCGUUGUGUAACUCCCGUGCCUAAACCGCUACCGUUUUGCGAGCACUCCGCGGUAGUCGAGUGCCAUCACGAUGACCUUUCAGACAUCCAGUGCCACGCGCGGUGUGACAUGCCCAUGGCAUGCUGCAGCAAGACGUGUGUCAGCCCCUGUCACUCCUGUCUAGGUCUUACAAAGACUGCCAUCAACCAGACGAAGGGAGCCAGGCCGAGGAUAGAACCCUUCACGGAAGAGAGCGCUCCUACGAACACAGUGAUCGAGCGUACUCACCACGUCAAGCACAAUUGCGGUGCACUUGUGCCCGGCUGUGGUCACCCUUGCGGGUACUUCUGUGGCUCAAAGCACACGCACUCCACGGCUACUUGCAUCGCCCCAUGUCAUCGCGCGUGCGAGCACGGCGAAUGCCCCUCGCCGUGCCACGAGGCUUGCUCGCCGUGCGCAGAGCGCUGCACGUGGGCGUGCGAGCACAAAAAAUGCGCGAUGCCUUGUGGGAUGCCAUGCGACCGCCUCCCGUGCGACGAGCCAUGCAGAGAGACACUCAGCUGUGGCCACCGAUGUUCAUCUCUUUGUGGUGAACCCUGCUCCGGGCAAGUAUGCACCGUUUGUGCUACCUCGGAUCAGUUGGAGCAGGUUGUCGAUUUGAUUAUGCAGGCCACUCUGCGGGACUCCCUCAAGGAUGACCCCAAUAGGCGUCUCAUUACACUCGAGUGCGGCCACAUUUUCACGUUGGAAACCCUCGAUGGACACAUGGACCUUCGUUCGUAUUACACCACUGACAACGGAGGAACGUGGAGGGGGCCUUCGACCCCGAGUGGCUACCAGCCACGCAAAGCUUGUCCAUCGUGUCGUGCCUCGAUCUCCUCUCCCCGCUACCACCGAGUAACGAAGCGUGCCCUUCUUGACCUUCAAGAGCAGGUCGCCGUCGUGCGAUUCAACGCUACGCUUCACGACUUGUCGGAAAACCUAGCUGCAAUGAAUGAGGAGAGCACCGCGGCCGACAUUGCCAAGCUUCUCAACGGUGUCGUCAAGCCGUCGGCAGGCAAGUUUGAUGCCAAGCGCAUGGUGGCCGAGCUUGGCAAAUUUACCGACCAGAUGAUCCACUGCGUGGAAGCAAGGGAAUUCCACUGCGAGAAGACGAACAUCUUCGGUAUUGUGGGUGUGCUGGGCCAUACAUGGCGCAAAGCCGCUCAGCAGCAUCUCUACCUGUAUGCCAAGCUCGCAAAACUGGUAAAUCAAAGCAACAUGCCACACAACGUUGCCUACCAGAGCGCCGUUUCGUCCAUCUACUUUCAGGAGCUUGAGUUUGCGCGCCAGUCGAUUGUUACGAGGUCGCGGGACCCUCAGAAGACUGCGCUGCUCACGGCCCGCCGUCGAGUGGGGGCACCACCGCCCGGAGGGCAAGCUGUAUACAGCGUGGAGGCUCUCGCUUUAACCAUCGAGAUCCGUCUCCAAAUGUUCCGUGUCGCCUUACAUUUUGUCGACUUCCUAUGGAAAGGGGAGGGAGUUGGCCGCUUCCACGGCAAAAACGCGCAUGAACAGGAACGCCAGGCCCUCGCCGCAUGCCGUAAAGGCGCAAUGUCUUUCCAGCGCCUGGCCACCGGCCUUCUUCUCUCCUGUACGCGGGACGCACAAGUCAUGAUCGGCCUAGCCACUCGCCGGGACCUUCCGCGUCUGAUUCUCCAGGGUCACUUCCUCUGGCUCACCGUGGCCGCCGAUCUCACUCAGUACAAGUCACGUUGGUUGCUCCGUGUGAAGUCUGGCGCUGGCGGAGCUGUUGGGCGGACAAACGUCGAUGCCAAGGCCAAAAUUGUGAACGAGUCGGCCGAAGCGCGCAAGCAGUGUACGAGUCGUUUCUUCAAAGCUCUCGGGGUUCUCUCCAUCGAGCAGAAAGGGAACGAGGCCUUCAUCUCACAGGCUGACAAGAUGCACAAGCUGGCCGAGCAGGUCACGGACGACUGGAAGAAAUUCGAAGACGAGAUGUUGGAGGGAAGGUGGUACGAAGACGUCACACUUGAGGAGAAGCAGGCCGUUCUGCGCGCGGUUCUCGAACGCGAGUAUGGGUCAGCUGGUCACCUGUAUCAGUGCCCACGGGGUCACCCGUACAUGAUCGGAGAUUGUGGUGGAGCGAUGGUGGAGGCGCGCUGCAACGAGUGUGGCGCUCUCAUUGGCGGGGGGAGCCACCGACUUCGUAACGACAACCGAAUCGACGAGGAACUCGAGGACAUUGCCCGAAGUGUUGACCGUCGUGAGCCUGCCAAUCCGUGGGUUGCACAUUGGUGAUCUACGGAAACGCGUGUGGAGUGCAGCGUCUGAGUGAGCGAGAUCUGGGUGUGGUAGUGUGUGCUCAGUCGAUUUCCAUGUCUUCAUAGUCCUUCUCAUCCUUCUCAUGUCAAC